UGUCUCAGGACUAAACGCCACAGUGAUUGUGGGACCGCUGGAGCGUUUAAAAGAAGGCAGUGUGAUAAGGCUAAAAACCUACUUAAAAAGGGGCGGGUGAAAACCUCGCCAAAAUGGGCAGGUGACACAGAAUAGUUCUUAAUGUGGAUUUUAAAAACCUUAUCCAAGUGGAAAGGAUUACUCUGAGAAAAACUACAGCUGGAAGCGGGGCCAGUGAAGUAGGAGAAUCCCGGCGCCACGGAAUGUACAUUGCAAGUCGUCUCUGAGGACUGAAGAGAGAGACUCGCUUGAUUAAGGGCUGGACAGUAAUAUUAUACCAGAAUAAGAAAGACUGAAUGCCUGUGGCCUGUCAAUCUGAGUGGUGGUUGGCAAGUAAGCAGGGAUGGAUGUUUUUGGUGGAGCUCCGCGGUUUCUGGCCUACCCUCGUCCCGUGGUCGUACAGAGCAGUACAGACGCAGUACUAAAAUGCCAGAUUGGUGGAGACCCCAGACCUGCAGUCAUAUGGGAACGUAACAAUGAGAAAAUCCAUCCGGAAGGCAGAUACCGGGUGUUUGAGGAUGGCAAUGUCUACAACCUUAUUAUAACCUCAGUGACAAUAGAAGACAGCGGACAAUACAUCUGUAAGGCCAAAAACUGCAUUGGAGAGACUUACGCAGCAGCAACUUUGAAAGUAGAAGGCGAGGCGCAGGAGCUGGAAAUGCGGGAGGAAAACAAACCUCGCUUUCUCAUCAAACCUCUCUCGACCAGGGUUGGACGAGGAGAAGACGCCAUGUUCUCCUGCAAGUUGUGGGGGAACCCCCGACCAGAAGUGAUGUGGGAGAAAGACGGCAAAAAGUUGAAUGAGAUCUUUGAGAGCACACAUUUUAGUGUCAGCUAUCAAGAUGGAGGAUGGUUCCAGCUAAAGAUUUUUAAGACAAGAGCGCCAGAUGGAGGGGUGUACACGUGUAAAGCCCGCAACGAAUAUGGAGAGAGUUUAGCAGGGGCUGUGCUGUUGGUGGAUGCCGGACCGGGACAUGAGGAUGAAGGUAACCGUAACGGUUAUACGAAUGGCCACUGGAAAGCACAUCAGGGAAAACAGAGAAGUGGAAGGCAGGUUGCAACCAGGCUGAAAGAUGACCCACUGCCAAACAUAGCCAAAGUAAAAAUGUUUGCGGUGACUGAAGGGAAACAUGCCAAGUUUCGUUGCUUUGUAACAGGAAAGCCCAAACCAGAAAUAUUAUGGAGGAAAGAUGGGAGACUGAUCUUAUCGGGGAGACGGUAUCUGCUGUAUGAAGAUAGGGAGGGCUACUUUACACUUAAAGUUCUCUACUGCAAGCAAAAAGACAAUGGAGUUUACGUCUGUUCUGCUUCAAACACUGCAGGACAAACUCUGAGCGCUGUACACCUUAUUGUGAAAGAGCCACCUGUGCGAUUUAAGCAACCGCUGAAUGACCUGCAAGUGUGGGAGAGAGACUUAGCUGUUCUCGAGUGUGAAGUUCCUGAGGACUCUAUUCCAAUCACAUGGUAUCUUGAAGACAGGAGGUUACAGCCAGGAGCCAAAUAUGGGAUGGAGGAGUGGGGGACAAAGCGCCGACUCACAAUUCGCGACAUUGGAGUUGAUGAUGAUGGCAUAUAUCUCUGUGAGAUGGCUGAUGGGGGCAGAAGCAUUGCUGAGGUGGCAGUAAAAGGCACGAUUGUGAGAAAGCUGCCACGAAAAGUUGAUGUUCUGGAAGGGGAAAAUGCUGCAUUCUGCGUGGAGGUUGAAGAAGAGGAAAUGGACAUUCAUUGGUACAAAGAUGGAACUGAGUUGAGGGAGACCCAUCAGACCAUUCUCAAAUCCUUUGGAAGAACACACAUUUUGGUCUUUGUCAACACCACACCAUCAGAUUCUGGUCUGGUCACUUUCUAUGUGGGUAGAUCAAAGACAUCAUCUCAGCUAAGGGUGAAAGCGGCAAGACACUGUCCACCAAGUUGCCCAAUUGGGGUUCAGAUAAACACCGAACGAGCAAAUGCAGCUCUCCUUUCAUGGUUCCCAGCACAAGAUUCUCGAAAGAAUCCACCUUCAGGGUACAUCAUUGAGAGACAAGAGGUAGGCUCACAGGAGUGGCUGCAAUGCUUAACCACUGACUCCGCAACUUCAGUGGAAAUUCUAGGAGACAGCGUUCCAUGCGAAGCAGACUACAGAUUUCGCAUAUGCAGCCUCAAUAAAUAUGGAAGGAGUGGAAAUGUAGAGUUCCCUCGGUCAGCUCACCUUGUUCCAGUUGCCAGAAUUCAAGCACCUCUACAAGAUGCUCUAGUGCCAGAAGGCCAGGACGCUUGCUUUUCCAUUGAGCUCUCUGCUUCAGUUAUAGGCACUUGGUUUCUUAAUGGAAACCAGCUUCAAGACGAUGAACGUUUCUCCAUAAGGCGUUCACGUACACACCAGUCAAUACGCAUCCGUGGGGUACAGGACGCAGACAAUGGAGCGGAGAUCACAUUCAUUGCCUAUGGAAUUCGGGAUUCAGCUGCACUCUACAUACAAGCUCCAUUGGUAAAAUUCACUCCACUUUCUGAAAUGGAUCGAAACAAAUUUGUGGAGGUUGGCAACCCAAUUGUGCUCUACUGUGAGCUGUCAGACCCCGAGUCCCCAGUUCGGUGGUAUAAGAAUGGUGUUGAACUUCAUUCAAUAGAAGGUCUUCAGAUUCAGUCAGAAGGAACCAUGAGAAGGAUUGUCAUCCAAUCAGCUGAUUUCUCACACUCGGGAGUUUACAGCUGCGACGCAAUUGAUGAUGUCAUCCGGUUUAAUGUUGAGGUUGAGGCCCCACCAGUGAGGUUCUCAGUGCUGCCAGAUGUUGAGAGGAACAAGUCCUUUGAAGUAGGAUCAACAAUGGCACUUCAAUGUGAGCUCUCAGAUCCACUCGCCCAGGUAUCCUGGUACAAAGACGGGGCAAAACUCCUGUCACAAAACGGACUAGAGAUCAAAUCCAAAGGCACAAAGAGGGACCUGACUGUCCAAUCAGCUGAAUUUUACCACUCAGGGGCUUACAGCUGCAAGACAAGGGGUGAUGCCAUCCAUUUCAAUGUGGAGGUUAAAGCCCGUCCUGUGAGGUUCUCAGCUUUCCCCGAUGUAAAGCGAAGAAAGUGUGUCGAACCAGGCUGCCCCAUUGUUCUGCAGUGUGAGGUAACAGACUUGACUGCACAGGUCCACUGGUAUAAAGACAGGGAUCAGCUCCUCGUAGAACCUGAAGUAGACUUCAGAUCAGAUGGGGGCAUGAGAACGCUCAGUAUUCAUUCAGCACAGCUGUCUCAUGCCGGUGUGUACACAUGCAGAACAAAGGAUGAUGUCAUGGAUUUUCAUGUGGACGUCAAAGAAUCGUCAUCUGUACCUGCACCAGUGAGGUUUUCAGCUGUUCCAGAAGCUGAGAGGAAUGUAUGCGCGGAAGCCGGUGGCUGCUUUGAACUCUGUUGUAAGGUCUCAGACCCUACAGUCCAUGUCUGCUGGUUCCAGAAUAAUUUUCAGCUUCGGCCAGAGCCUGGUUUGGAAAUUCAGUCUGAAGGUGAUGUAAGGACACUGACAGUGAGGUCAGCUGAGCCCAGUCAUUCUGGAUUGUACCGUUGUGAAACACCUGAUGAUUGUGUCCAGUUCACGGUGGAUAUCAAAGGAUCACCUUUAGACCCACCAGUGAUGUUCUCAGCCUUACCAGAGACUGUGAAGAAUCAGCUGGUUGAAGCAGACUACUCCACUGAUUUACAAUGUGAGGUCUCAGAUCUACGUGCCAAGGAGUGUUGUUACAAGGAUGGUGUUGAGUUUGUCUCAAAAAGUCUGCCUUAUAUCAAAUCGGAGUGUACCAGGAGGACGUUAGCUGUCAAGACAGCACAGCCCUCUAGCUCUGGAUUGUACGACUCUGUGAGAACGGGUGAAGUCAUCCAGUUUAAUGUGCAAGACCAAGUGCCAGCAAAGACAUUUCUGGUGGUUCCCGAGGAUGAGAAGACCAAGUGCACUGAAGAAACGGAAUCUGUUGCACUACAUUGUGAGAUUUCAGAUUCCACUCCGUACGUCCACCAGGCAAGAUAUAAGGAGAGUGUCAUACUUCCUCAGAAUGCAACUGAAAGUGAACCAGUAGUUUGCUCAGAUGCAUCCAAAGGAAAGCAAAUUUCCAAGUCACCAGAGAUAUCUCUUAAUGAAGUAAACAGCCCAAAGGCAUCAGAUGUUCUCAGCCAGUUUGAAAUGGACAAAGCAGAACUGUCUCACUAUGAGGUGUACAGUGGUGAGACCUAUGAAGCCCCAUGCACUGUGGAUAUAAAAGCUCCAUCAGUGAAGUUCUCCAGUGUCCCUGAGGUUCAACGGAGCAAAUGCACCGAGACUGGAAGACCCUUUAUACUGCAAUGUGAGGUCUCAGACCCUGGUGCACAAGUCUGGUGGUACAAAGAUGGUAAUGAGGUGCUGCCUCAAGAUGGCAUGAUCACUUUGUUUGAUGGAGCAGCAAGAACCCUCUCUGUGGAAGCUGCUGAAUUAUGUCACGGCGGAACAUACAGUUGCCAGACAAACAAUGAUAGCAUCACAUUCCAUGUGGAAAUCAAAGCUCCACCAUUGAAGUUUAUACCAGUCUCAGAAGUGGAAAAGAGCAAGUCCAUUGAAGUAGGCUCACCAAUUGUUCUGAAAUGUGAGCUCUCAGAUGACAAUGCUCAGGUUUUCUGGUGCAAAGAUGGUACAGAACUGUCUCCAAACUCUGAUCUUGAUUUUCAAAGAGAUGGAAAUAUGAGGCAACUAACUGUUCAAUCUGCAAAGCAGUCUGAUACGGGCCACUACACAUGUCACGUUCCAGGUGAUACCAUAUCAUUCAAGGUGCACGUUCAAGCUCCCCCUGUUAGGUUCUCAGAACUCCCAGAAAUCGCAAGGAACAAGUUCAUUGAAGCAGGAUGUCCAAUUAUACUCCAGUGUGAAAUCUCAGACGCAACUUCCCAAGUUUGUUGGUUCAAAGAUGGAGUCCAACUCCAACAACAAACUGGACUUGACAUCCAAUCAGAGGGCACUAUGAGGAAAAUGCUCAUCCAAUCAGCUGAGCCCAAACACUCAGGCAUAUACAGCUGUGAGGCUGUGGAUGAUCGCAUAGCAUUCAAGGUGGAUGUUGCAGUUCCACCAGCGAUGUUCUCAGCUGUUCCUGAGACUGAGAAGAACAAGUAUGUUGAAGCAGGCUGCCCAGUCACUCUCCAAUGUGAGAUUUCUGAUCCUUCAGCCCUGGUCCAAUGGUACAAGGAUGGAUCACAGCUCCUCCCUCAACCUGGUGUUUACAUCCAAUCAGAGCGCACCACACGGGCCCUGGUUAUCCAAUCAGCAAACUUAUCCCAUUCUGGGUUUUACAGUUGUAAUACAGCUGAUGAUAUCAGCGAAUUUUUUGUGGACGUUAAAGAACCUCCUGUGACAUUUGCAUAUAUCUCAGAAGACGAUUUGCAUAGAAAUAUUGUGGAACAAGACAAUCUUCUCCUUUGCUGUGAGGUAUCUAAAUCAGACGCUGCUGUACAAUGGUACAAGGAUGGAGUAGAGAUAAAGUCGAGCGACAAUGUCCUUAUAGAGACAGAAAAUGUUGUACGAAGGCUGAUCCUCCAAUCAGCUCAGCUCUCAAAUUCUGGUACAUACACCUGUCGUGCUGGAGAUAAUGCCUUAAUAUUUAAGGUUAACGUAAGAGAACCUCCAGUGAUGAUUGUAUAUCCCAAGGAAGACGUCCACCUUGAUCGUCAUGUUCCUGAGGAAAUCGUCCUCAGCUGUGAACUUUCACGACCAAAUGGAAAAGUGACAUGGAACAAAGAUGGACAAAAACUGCAGGAGAGUGAAAACAUUAAGUUAAAGACUGAGGGUCCGUACAGACGACUGAAAAUUCUGCGCAGUGGUAUUGAGGACUCUGGAGAAUAUGUGUGCGAUACAGCUGAUGAUUCAAUAUUCUUCAAUCUAACCAUAAAAGAACCGCCGGUAAGCAUAGUUUCUCCAAGCCAGUCCCAAAUGGAACUUUGCCAACAGACAUCAGAAAGGAUGGUGCUGAGCUGUGAAAUCUCCAGACCCAAUGCUGCCGUGCGCUGGUAUCGGGAUGGACUCGAAGUGGAGGAGAGCAACAGCUUAAUCCUGGAGAUUGAUGGAGUCUACAGAAGACUUAUUAUUCCGAAACCUACCGUCAAAGACUCUGCAGAAUAUGUUUGUGACACAGCUGAUGACUCAGUCACCUUCUUUGUCAACAUUGCAGAACCUCCAGUUAGAUUUAUUCGUCCGAGGAAAAUGGCCUAUGGAGUAGAGAAUCUGGUUGGAGACACUGUGGUGCUUGAGUGUGAUGUGUCUCGAUCGAAUGCUGAAGUUAGCUGGAAAAAGGACGGAGAAGAGAUUGAGGAGAACAGCAAUGUAACUAUCACAGAAGAUGGCGCAAGUCGACAAUUGAUCAUUCACUCAGCAGCGUUAGAAGAUGCGGGCCAAUAUGUCUGUGAUGCCAGGGAUGAUGUAAUGGACUUCCUUGUGAAGAUCAAAGAUCCACCUCUGAAAAUUGUACGAAAGGCUGACAUCAAGACAACACAGAAUUUUCUAGUAUCGGAUGCUAUUGUGUUGAAGUGUGAGAUCUCAAAAGCGAACGGCAUGGUCACUUGGCUCAAAGACAAUGAGAAAAUUGAGGGAAAUGAUCAUUUCAUUUGUGAAGCAGAAGGCACAUUCAGAUCUUUGAUUGUCCUCAGCGCUGAGUUUAAGGACUCGGGGGAGUAUGUUUGUGACACAGAGGAUGAUAAUGUCGUCUUUAGUGUUACUGUAGAAGAGGCUCCAGUGUUCAUUGUUGGGAAUUCAGAAAAGCCAGAACACCAGACUUUAAACACAGGUGAUGACCUUAUUCUGCAGUGUGAAGUAUCUCGAGCAAAUGCUACAGUUCAGUGGUACUGCAAUGGAGAUUUAAUACACGAGGAUUCUCGCACGCGGUUUGAAAACAGAGACACAAUGUGGAAGCUUGUGAUAUCAGAUCUUCAGACCUCUGACUCUGGACAGUAUCUCUUUGAUGCCAUUGAUGACAAAAUGAUAACUAUGGUAUCGGUUCAAGAACCACCAUUCCAAUUCAUCAAAAAAGAUGAUCGAACAAACAUUUCAGCCUAUGAAGAAGACAGUGUAACACUAAGCGCCACUGUUAACAGAGUCAAUGCCCCUGUAAAAUGGCAGAAAGGCCCUGAUCCAAUCACUGGUGAUCGGUUCCACACCACAAGUGAUGGAAAAAUCUAUUACCUCACCAUUAACCCACUCAAAAGAUGUGACAGUGGAGGGUACACAUGUCAUGUAGGAUCUGAUGAGAUGCACUUCAGUCUCAAUGUUAAAGCAAUGAAGGUGAAAUUCUCCAAACCACUGGAAAAUGUACUGGGACUCAAAGGUUGCAACGUGGUUUUGAAGUGUGAACUGUAUAAGUCAAAAGGAGAUGUUCAGUGGCUGAAGGACCACCAGGAGAUUGUGCCAAAUAGACAUUUUACAAUCAGGGCAGAGGGUCGAGUGAGAAGCCUUACAAUACACGAUGUAUCAGAAGAUGAUGCAGGAGAAUAUGCUUGUGAAUCCAAAGAUGAAAGGACAUCAGCUAAUGUAGCGGUCAACAUUCCUCGCAUUGUGGAGUUUAUUGCGGAGCUACACAACAUUACCGUCAUGGAAGGAGAAGAUGCCACAUUCAAGUGCGUAGUCUCUCCAGAGGAUGCAAAGUUGGCUUGGUUUAAAAAUGGCCAUCCAAUUUCAUCAAAUGAAAAGUUCCACGUUUCACGUAAAGGAUUAUGCCAUAUGCUACAUAUCAGAAACUGCCAGGUCUCAGAUAGCUGCAAGCUAACCGCUGAAGCUGAAGGUGUGAUUUCCAGAGCUGUCUUUCAUGUCCAAGAGGCACAGGUGGUUUUCACAAAAAGCAUGGAGCAAGUGGUGGCAGAAGACUACGGAGAUGCCACACUGGAGGUGGAGGUCAGCCAUGAGAGUGGGGAGGUUCAGUGGAUGAGACAAGGAGUGGCUAUACAUCCAGGACCCAAGUUCAGCCUGAAGCAAAACGGCCAAAAACGUUCUCUCACAAUCCACAAGCUCGCCCCUUCAGACCAGGGCAUGUACAGCUGCGAGACGCUCCAUGAUCGCACGCAAGCCAAGCUUAGUGUGGAACCACGUAAAAUCAAGAUCCGGAAGGGUCUAAUUGAGAUCCAGACUUAUGAACGAGAGACUGCUUCUUUUGAGGUGGAGCUCUCUCAUAGCAACGUAGAGGCGCUGUGGCAGAAGGAUGGAAACGAUCUCAAAAGCAACAACCACUUCCGUAUGACUGCAAAAGGACGGGUGCACAGCCUUACCAUCUCUAACCUGACCUUAGACGACACUGGCACCUACACAUUCUCUGUUGAGAAUGUCAGAUCAUCAGCAAGAUUGAUUGUCAAAGAAAUCCCAGUAUCCAUUUUGAAAAAGCUUGAGGAUAUCAGACACCCAGAAGGCUCCGGAGUGACCCUUGAAUGCGAGCUGUCACGACAUAAUGUAGACAUAAAGUGGACGAAGAAUGGAGUUCAGCUCACGCCAGGAAAGAAUCACAGAGUAUACUCAAUGGGAAGAAAAUGCUUUCUACAGAUACCUAAGUGUGAACUGGGAGAUUCUGGUGUAUAUGUGUGCGAUGCAGGGGAUGCCAAAACAUCCUGUUCAGUGGAUAUCUAUGAAAGGGAGCUUGAGAUAUUGCAGAGCUUAGAGGAUCUGGAUAUCCACGAAGAUCAGAAUGCUGUGUUCACGUGUGAAGUGUCCUUGGAUGAUGUUCCUGGCGAGUGGUAUAAAAACAAUGAGAAGAUAAAACCAACCAGCACCAUAAAGAUACGCCAGGAAGGUACUAAACACUUCCUACUUAUAUGCAAUGUCAAAGGAGAGGACUCUGGGGAGAUCAAGUUUGUUGCCAAGAAUGUUGAGUCUACAGCUUGCCUUGAGGUCGAAGCACUGCCAGCGAACAUCGGGAAGCCGCUUCAAGAUAAAACAGCUCUGGAGAAAAGUCGCGUCGUACUGGACUGUACUGUGACUAAUCCCCGCUGCAGUAUUCGAUGGUAUAAGGGACCGAGCGUCAUCCUGCCCUCAGAGCGCUUUGAGAUCUGCAGUGAGGGCUGUUAUCGAAAACUUGUGAUUCAGCAGGUCUUGCUAGAGGAUGAGGGCACCUAUAGCGUUCAAGUUGGAAACUACACAUCCUCAGCCAAACUUACUGUGGAAGCUCAGUCAAUCCAGAUAGUGAGAGAGCUCAAGGAUGUGGAUGUCAUUGCCCCUGCGGAUGCAUGCUUUGCAUGUGAAGUCUCUUUACCUGCAACAAAGGCUCCUACCUGGACCCUCAAUGGACAGACGCUUCAUCCCAGUCCAAUAGUAGUUAUGGAGAAGAUGGGAACCGUUCAUAGGCUGACUCUUAAACAGACGUCGGAAGACAUGAGUGGCACGCUGUGCUUUAUCAGCGGAAAAGCCAAAAGCACUGCACAACUGUGUGUCAGAAGUAGCCUUUGAGAAGAAGCAUACAUGCACUUGGUAACUCCUUCGCCAUUUAUAUAAAAAAGUAAGAGGUCUAUCAGUAAUAAAGUACAUUACUAAAAAUGUCAAUAGAGAAUGCUGUUACACAUACCGUAUGUGACUUUUGCAGCUGAUGUUUGAGGCCUGCACUAACCUUAGCAAAACGAGUCUGGGGUUUAAUUGUUUUUGAAUCAUCAAAAGUUAAAAAAAGUGAACUACUUCAACUAUUCAAUGAUCAAAGACAUGUUGUUCUUUAUGUUGUUAUGACUUAAAUUUCUUGCACAGUAACUUGGUACGGAUACAUUUGUGUACUACAUCCUUGUAUAGAUAUACUUUGUUGUUUUUUUAAUCUUGUUUUGCGGAAUGCAGAGUAAAGGGCAGAUUUACAGCAAUUAUGUAAUAAUGCGCAGGGCCAAAGAUCACAGGAGGGGUUGGGAUGGAAAGAAGUUUCAGUAUAUGCAACUAAUACGCUACAUAAUAACAUUCAAUAGUAGAGAAACGGUGUCAUUUUCAAACAAAUGAAAAACGCUUUUGAGAGUUUAAGUUGUUUGCUUCAAGACAUAUUUCGCAUAUCCAAAUAUAGUGCUGCAAUAUACCCAUGUUUAUCAGUAUCUUUCAAUAAAACAAGCUUUAUGAAGCAUG